AUGAGAAACAUGUUCGGCAGCCUCCAUGCCCUUCUUCCUCAGCUACCAGCCAAGGUAAGGACCUAACAAUUCAAACUCCACGUCAAAAGAGAAAGUGUUUUAGGUUUUUGCCAUGGACAGAGGGAAUUCCUUAAUCUUUUCUUCCACCAUUAACGAAAAAUACUCAAGCUGCUGAUAUGAGUUUUCGACUUCUCCUACCACGCAAACGGCAAGAACAAGAUGCCCGCUUCGUUUUCAUUCGCCAUUAAAUUAUUUGAUAACACAGAAUCGCUAUACCUGGCCGUGUGGACACUCGGAGCUAUGCUUUUGUCUACCCUUUCCUGUGUUUAUUAGCAGAAAAACCUCGGUUAUGCGCGGUGCGAGUUAGAGAGAGAGAGGAUAUAUAUAUAGAGAGGGAGAGAGAGAGAGAGUUGGUUGAAUGUCGGUUCCGAUGAGCUGUGGAGCUUCUUGUUCACCUUUCUAGACCGCCAGAUGGGAUACUCCAUUAUCAUUUUCAUUCUUCGCUUCCUGAGGAAUCGCCCGUUUUCCAGGCAGAUAAAUCAACGAUUGUGGACGAAGCUAUAAAGACGAUUAAAACCCUAGAAGCCACUCUCAAGAGACUGCAGAAGCAGAAGAUGGAGAGGAUCCGGGGAGUCAUCCUCGAUAGCCCCAUUCCCGUGACGGCACAUCAGUGGCAAGCUACAGGAGAGUCCUCGAGGGAGGCGUUCAUGGCGGACCAGGGGAAGAGCUGGCCAUCAGCGGCCUCCUCCGAGCUCCGCUUCCCGCAGUGUUUCCAGACCUGGUCUUCACCCAACGUAGUCGUGAGCGUGACCGGAGCCGACGCUCACAUCAACAUUUGCGCCGUGACAAAGCCGGGACUCAUCGCCGCCAUCGUCUACGCGCUGGAGAAGCAUAACCUGGAGGUCCUUUCUGCUCACGUCUCCUGCGACUACUUCAGGAGCAUGUUCAUGAUCCAUGCACAAGUGAGUAUCAGAAGAACCCUAUUUUUGUCUCAUUUUAAUCUCCCCCACCCUCUCUCUCUCUCUCUUUCUCUCUCUCUCUCUCACUGAACACGUUUCUCAAUCUGCCUAUGCAUACAUAUCUACACACACGAACACACAGAGAGAGAGAGAGAGAGAGAGAGUUCACGCCAAGCGGUUCCAAGAGAGGACGCUCCAAAUAAGAUCCUUAGAUUCCCACUGCUCGAUCUGCCGUUCAUGAAGAGUUACGUUGAUUCUGGCAUUGAACAGGCCAACGGAGCUCCCGACACGUUCCCGGAGGCGCUGCCAUUGGAGGAGAUCUUCAAGUCGGCAGUCGAAGAUAUCAUACCGUGGAUUUCGUGA